AUGUCGACGUGGAACAAGCACUAUCACUGGAAGACCAAGGGAUGUACUCCUUGGGCUAAGGACUGGUUUAAGCAAAACCUGGUCGGUAAAAGUGUAAAGACAGGUGACGAAGCUUCCGUCAAGAUCGACAACCUGACAGGCUUCGAAGGCGAUGUUGAGCUUGGCAACCGCAAGGGAAAGCUGAUUACUAUUUACGAUUGUGUUGUAACUCUGACUUGGUCUGGUGAGGCAGAUGAUGGUACAGCAGCGAAUGGCACGAUCAAGUUCCCGGAAGUGUCACACGAGAUUGAAGACAACAACGAGUCAUACCAAUUUGAGACGGAACUCCUUUCAGAGUCAUCCAACAAGGCCCAUGACCUGUACAAGGUGGUGCGCACCUCUCUUGUUCCAUCUCUGGAGGAAGUGUUCCAUCGCUUCCGCACUGAACUGAUCGAGUCGCAUGCCAAGGACCUCGGCCAUGAAGGCGAUGCGCCGCCGACGCCAGAUGCGAUUGAGACGCCAAAGGCCGCCUCAAGCGCUACGGUGGGUAUCUCCACGAAGUCGUCCAAAGAGCCAGAUGCCGUGUCAACGAGCACGACGGAGGUACGUGUGGCCAGCCACUUGGCUAUCAGUCAGGCGGAUCUCUGGGAUCUGCUAACGAAUCCACACCGUAUUCCUAUGUGGAGCAAAGCCCCAGCGCAGUUCUCACCGAACAAGGGAGCCAACUUUUCGCUGUUCGGCGGCAACAUUACGGGCUCGAUCGUCGAGGUAUCGGCGCCUCGCAAACUCGUACAAACAUGGCGCGUACCUCAAUGGCCUGCUGGAUACCACGGCGAGCUCACCACUGAGCUCACUCAAGGCGAUGACUCGACAAAACUGGAGCUGAUUUUGCGGGGCAUCCCUACGGGCCAAGAAGACCAAGCCCGCGCUGGUCUGGAGAACUAUUAUAUUCGUGGCUUAAAGUCCAUGGGUCUUGGCACGAUUUUGUAA